UCUGAAGGGACAUCACUUGCGGUCCUGUUGCGCCUCAAUGGACAGCAAACGUUGCGGUAAGUGCGGCGCAUACCUUGCGUGAUUACAAUUCGUUACAUACCCCAUUUCCGAGCUGGACAAGCAUGAAUCUAACACGUCAUCUGAUAUCUGGGGUAGUGUGCAGGCGAACAAUAAAUAUGUCAUAUGCAUGCGGGGUCGUGGUGAUGUGACGGGCCUCCCGCGACAGGUGCUUGCAUUGCCUUUUGAAACGUAUUAUAUAAGAAAAUUUGAUGAGUUCUCUUGCUCUCGUGCAUCUCCGGGCUAAAAAGCGAUGCCUUACAGUCAUCACUCUCACUCUGGCCAGUUCUGUAAGCAUGCCCUCGGAUCCUUAGAAGAAGUUGUGUCGGAAGCCAUCAAACAACGUUUCGAGGUUUAUGGUUUGACAGAACAUGUACCCCGCUACCGGCUGGAAGAUCUGUAUCUAGAGGAGCGGGGACUAUCCCUUGAUGACCUGUCCAAUCAGUUCAUGAGAUUUCUUGACGAAGCUCAUCGACUGAAGGAAGUUUACGCCCCCCAGAUCACCUUAUUGGUCGGACUCGAGACAGAGUACAUUACCGAUGAUGACCUCAAUCAUCUUCAAACGCUUUUGAAGGAUAACGGGAUACGCAUCGAUUAUAUCGUUGGAUCCGUCCACCAUGUCAGCACUAUUCCCAUCGACUUUGAUCGUGCCACAUAUGAAAAGGCUUUGGCCAAAAUCUCGGGUGAAGGUGUCUAUGUUCUCGGAAACGAUCAGAUGGAACGCUUUCUAUCUGCAUACUUCGAUGCACAGCAUAAAUUGAUACGUCAGUUUCGACCAGAGAUCAUUGGUCAUCUCGAUUUGUGCAGACUCUACACCCCUUCUCUCGAUCUCAAACAGUACCCCAUCGCCUGGGGCAAGUUAAUCAGGAACAUUGAGGAAGCUACGCGUUACGGCGCACUUUUUGAAAUCAAUGCGGCAGCAUUGAAGAAGGAGGGAUGGACUUCACCGUACCCUGGGAAAGAUGUAGUGGUGCUUAUCCAGGAGAAAAAUGGUCGGUUCGCUCUGUCUGAUGACAGUCACGGGCCGCAGACUGUGGGGCAGUAUUAUCUGCAUGUAGCAGACUACCUGGUGCAGGUAGGAAUUACUGAACUGUGGUGCUUGGACCGUUCGUUAGAACCAAAUCACAAUGGGAGGUACAUCUCUGCCAGGCGAAUUGAAGGUGAUUGGCGACUUCACGCGUUCUGGAAACAUAGGGAAGGUGAAAGGCGCGGAAUCGCUUUUCAAUAAAUACGAGAUGGUUUCGACGAAAGAAGGUUCAUAAUGCACUCCAGUUAACAAGCCCGAAUUUUCAUUUUCAAUUGACCAGCAUGUGCUUUGUAUCAUGGAUGGCCUGCUAUGUUUCCCUUCACAGGGACAUAGAUCAUCCGUGAUGCGCAUUUCUAACUGCAAGUCGCCUGACAGAACAUGCCUGAAGGGGAGUGCAAUGCUUUUAAAACACCAAUCACGGCGUGCGGUGUUAGCGAUCAGGAGUACUGUCGUCCUCCGGUGGCAAUUAAUGUGCUCGUUUGCUGCUUCAAAUCAGGCGCAAAUCAGG